CGAUUGAGGCGCUUGGAACGUCAUUUCCGGUGACUGAUUCGGCUUCCGGCUUCUGCUUUGUGGUUCUUACGGGACGAGGUGGACCUGUUCGGCUGUUGGAACAGUUUAACCCAAAACAUGGAUAUCAGACCAAAUCACACAAUUUAUAUCAACAAUAUGAAUGACAAAAUUAAAAAGGAAGAAUUGAAGAGAUCCCUGUAUGCCCUGUUUUCUCAGUUUGGCCACGUGGUAGAUAUCGUUGCUUUGAAGACCAUGAAGAUGAGGGGACAAGCCUUUGUUAUAUUUAAGGAACUGGGCUCAUCUACAAAUGCCUUGAGACAGUUACAAGGAUUUCCAUUUUAUGGCAAACCAAUGCGAAUCCAGUAUGCCAAAACAGAUUCUGAUAUAAUAUCUAAAAUGCGUGGCACUUUUGCUGACAAAGAAAAGAAAAAAGAAAAGAAGAAAGCCAAAACUGUGGAACAGACUGCAACAACCGUGAACAAAAAGCCUGGUCAGGGAACACCAAAUUCAGCUAAUACCCAAGGAAAUGCAACACAAAAUCCUCAGGUCCCUGAUUACCCUCCAAACUAUAUUUUAUUCCUUAAUAAUUUACCAGAAGAGACUAAUGAGAUGAUGCUAUCAAUGCUGUUUAAUCAGUUCCCUGGUUUCAAGGAAGUACGUUUGGUACCUGGGAGGCAUGACAUCGCUUUUGUUGAAUUUGAAAAUGAUGGACAGGCUGGAGCUGCCAGGGAUGCUCUGCAGGGAUUUAAGAUCACACCGUCCCAUGCCAUGAAGAUCACCUAUGCCAAAAAAUAACAUUUGGGAUAGCUGUCUUUAAAGGACUCUGUUAUUUAUCGCUUUCGUUUUGAUAACAUUUGGUCAGUUCAUUUUAAUAGUUGGGAAAGGGGAAGUGUAUGUGAACUUUUUGUAAAGGAUUUAAAAGAUUAUCUAGUCUCUGUUUAGCCUUAGUGAACUGUGAAGGCCUUAAUUUUUUACAAUAAAAUUUUUAUUUGUAUUCCUUA